CCACAUUCGAUCUCAAGCCACACGCCACAGCCAUUUCUUGGAGGACCCAUGACGGAGUGAAGGCGAGAGCGGCAAGAAAGUCUGCUUGCUUGCUGGUGGUGCGAGUAAGUCAGUGGUGGCACCACCAUCUCCAUGCAGAGCUCAUCAACAGCUUCCAAUCUUGGCCAUUGACACGCGCACUGCCGUCACGACGGGCCGCCAUGUCGGCUACCAAGAGCCUGUGGGCGACCCCGCGCUUCGUCUGCCGGAGCUGUUGCCGCUCCAUUCGGGGAAACCAGCUUCGGCGCCGCUUCUCGACCAAGACUGACGACAUUUACGAUGUGGUGUGCGUCGGAGGCGGCCCGGCCGGCCUCAGCCUCCUUACCGCUCUUCGGUCCAGCCCUGUCGCUUCUCGCCUCCGCGUCGCCCUCGUCGAAGCCCAGGACCUGUCCAAGACGGCAGACUGGUCCCUGCCCCCGACGGAGUACUCCAACCGCUGCGUCUCCCUGACGCCGGCCUCGGCGCAGUUCCUCAACACCAUCGGCGCGUGGGCGCACGUGCGUCGCGACCGCGUGCAGGCGUACCAGGAGAUGCAGGUGUGGGACGGCCUCACGGACGCGCGCAUCGAGUUCGACUGGCCGCCCGGCUCGUCCGGCCCCGGCGGCAACACCAUCGCGUACAUGGUCGAGAACCUCAACCUCACGUCGGCCUUGCUGAGGCGGCUGGAUGAGCUGGGCGGCGUGCAAGUCUUUGACAGAUCAAACGUGGACAGCAUCGAGCUGGGCGAGGAGACGGAACAUCUUGAUUUGAGGGAGUGGCCCAUCGUCCACCUGUCCACCGGCAAGAGGCUCGCCGCUCGGCUGCUGAUCGGCGCGGACGGGGCCAACAGUCCCGUCAGGACCUUUGGCGGCAUUGAGAGCCGCGGCUGGGACUACAACCGCCAUGGCGUCGUGGCAACCCUGCAGCUCGAGGGCGAUGGAUGGGGCGGCGAGUACAGCAAGAUUGCGUACCAGCGCUUCUUGCCGACCGGGCCGAUCGCCAUGCUCCCUCUCCCGGGCAACUUCUCUACACUUGUAUGGUCCACCACGCCUGAGAACGCUGCUCUGCUCAAGAAGCUCCCCGCCAACGAGUUCGUCGCAAUGGUCAAUGCCGCAUUCCGCCUCAGCCCCGUGGACUUGGCCUACAUGCACACCCAGCCCUCGGGCCAGGCAGAAGAAUAUGCCUGGAGAAUGCAGCACACGUCGGUCGAUGCCGAGGCCGUACCGCAGGCCGUCGUCGGGGUCCAGGAAGGCUCCGUCGCCUCCUUCCCGCUCAAGAUGCGCCACGCAGACACCUACAUUGGCGAGCGCGUCGCUCUCGUCGGCGACGCGGCGCACUCCGUGCAUCCGCUCGCGGGCCAGGGCCUGAACCAGGGUCAGGGCGACGUUCAGAGCCUCGUCAAGGCCAUCGAGUACUCGGUGACGCACGGACAGGACCUCGGCACGCAGCUGUCCCUCGAGAGCUACAACAGCGAGCGGUACGCCGCCAACCACGUUCUCCUCGGCGUAUGUGACAAGCUACACAAGCUGUACUCGGUCGAGAGUGGUCCGCUGGUGCCGCUUAGGUCUAUAGGUCUGAGGGCGGUCAACGCCAUGACGCCGCUCAAGACGUACAUCAUGGAACAGGCCUCGUGGACGGGUGCCAAGGCCUAGUAAUAGCCGCGCCGCGCUGGGCUGCGAUGCAUGUCUGAGUAUUGUACGAAGUAAGAAUAGACAAAGCAUUUGUACACCAGCCACGGCUGCUCUGAUCGAAUGCUCAAACGAUGACGCUGCGGCGUAGUCUCACAAAAGACGACUUCUAUUGGAGUAUAUACGUUGUUCUCCCGUCAGCUAUGACUACAGACAAAGAAAAACC